AUGCGUGACUCCACAGGGGUAUUCCUGAUCGACUUUUUGGCUCACCAUCCUGAUUACAACGAAAUGAGUGAGAACACACGAUCCCUAUUCCGCCCACGCUUUGUCCACAGAUCAGGCUACGUCCAGCCUUUCGGGAUCUUGUCAAACGAGGAUGAGCUAGGGAGAACACCGUUUCACGUAUUCAUACAGACCGACUUCCUUUACACGUCAGUCUUGAACGAUUUGUCGUUACCGCUCGAUACGGUCGCUUUCGAUGUCAACAGAUAUGAUUGCCGCGGUCGCACUCCUAUCAUGGGUUUCCUACAGCAAGCCGUUGAACAUAACCUUGGUAACGAUUUCAUCAACACCAAAAUGCAACUGAUGAUAAACUGGGGUGCCAACGUUAAUUCCUGCUCCCGAGGUGGUAGUACCAUACUUCAGUUUGCUGCCAAAAAGGCUCUGCCAAAGCUAUUGGACAUGCUGCUUGCAACCAGCGGUAUUCAAGUGGACCACUGCGACAACGAAGGGAAUAGCGCUUUGGACUACGCAGCCCACACCCUUCGACGCUCACAGAGUAUGAAAGCAACUGCUAUACUCACCGCUCGUUCUCUGAAGUCUAUCACAAGCCUAUUGGGUGUAAUGUCCAAUCGUUUUGGCAGAACUCGUGCUUCGCAGACACGCAGCUUUAGCAAGCGUUCUCUGGAGACACUGGUAAAGCUGAAGAUUCAUCGCCAAAAGUAA